AUGUCCACCAUCGCCGCCAAGUCCAUCAAGGCUCUCGCUCCCCUGCUCGACCGCGUCCUGGUCCAGCGCAUCAAGGCCGAAACCAAGACCGCCGGCGGCAUCUUCCNNCUCCCCGAGUCGGCCGUCAAGGAGCUCAACGAGGCCAAGGUCCUCGCCGUCGGCCCCGGUGCCUUUGACCGCGAUGGCAAGCGCAUUGCCCCCUCCGUCCAGCCCGGCGACAAGGUCUUGAUCCCCCAAUUUGGCGGCUCGCCCAUCAAGGUCGGCGAGGACGAGUACUCGCUCUUCCGCGAUCACGAGCUUUUGGCCAAGAUCAACGAGUAA